AUGGCUUUGAAAAAAAUAUUGAAGAAAUACAAUGUCUUAUUUGACUUGUUCUCAAGCUACCUACCUACAGUUCCUACUAGCUACAGUUCCUACAGCUACCUACAGUUCGCUUCGAAGGAGUUCGAAUAUUUUAACCAGUAUUACGGCAUACAACACAUUUUCACUCCACCUUAUCACCCAUCGUCGAACGGGUUAGCCGAAAACGCGGUUAAAACGCUUAAGAGGAUAAUUAAAAAGGCGCUGCAAGAGAAGCGGGACAUAAACAGGGCUCUGUGGUCAUUUUUACUUUACUACCGUAACGUGGAACAUUGUACGACUGGCGAGAGCCCGGCGAUGCUUUUACUCGGCAGACCGAUACGUACCCGCCUCGAUGUAAUUAGACCGGAUCGGGAGGGCAAAGUGCGUUGCGCACAACAACGUCAGCAGGAGGCGGUUGGCGGGGCCAACCGGACAUUCGACAAGUCUGAUACGGUAGUAGAGGUUCUUGGAAGCAGUAACUUUAGGGUAAGAGGAUCCGACGGUGGGGUGGUGCACAGACAUAUCGAGCAGUUGCGUAGGAGACCGAGCGAGUGCAGGCAAUCGCUCGCGUCUGCCCCAUCUGUGUUGGGUGAACAGCUAGACAGUGCGAACGCUCAAGGAUCAGACCCCGAGGGCGCGGGGUCGGAGGAAGACGAAUCGGAGGGGCCGACGGGAGAGAGGGCGCCGCGCGUGGCCGAGCCCCCGGCGUCGCAGCCGCAGCCCGCUCCGGCUUCACCGGGCGGGUCAGGACAUGUGUCCGCGGCUGCCGCACUUAGAGUUCGCCCUAUUAGGCAGUGCCGAUUAGUUAAGCCUAAGUAA